GGUAGAAAACAACACCUUAAUAAAUGGUCUUUGACGUGUGACCAGCUCCAUUAGAUCUAUUCUGGGGCGCACAACUUGGUCUAAUUGCAAUCACACUGCCACACACACGUACUGAAUUUUAUAUUAAAAACAAGGUGGACAAAUAAACGGCUAAUAACGUGGCAUUAUUAUCAGCAUCAGCGUGACCGCGUUGUAAAGUCCGUUUCGUCUGAACUGCAGACCCGAUAAUUAUUUCACUAAAACAGUCCGGGCGUAAAAUAGCUAUUGGUGCUAAUUUGAAUGGCACUCAGUAUUAGAUGGAAAAGCACCCACCAUUCAGACCCUUGAGAAAUGUCGCCAUGUUUAUGCCCGGCGGUGUUGGCGAUGGUGUUCCAGGUCGCUCGCCUCGCCGCUGCUAGCCCGGUGAUGACCGGGGCGCCCUUCGAUGUUCCUCCCGACCGAACUGACGUGCUGAGGGCAGCUCGAUUCGCUGUGUACGAAUAUAACCGAGAGUUUUCCGACGAAGAGUACGCUUACAAAACCACAUCAAUCGCCUCUUCCAAAGUUCAGGUGGUUGCUGGGCUUAACUUCAUCCUUGACGUUUAUCUGGCCCUCACUCAAUGCAAGAAAAUAUCGGCGUCCGAUGUAGAAAACUGUCCUUUACAAAUAAACGGAAAGAAGCUGCGCUGUCACUUCGUGGUGCUGGAAGUCCCCUGGGAGGAAAUUGUUCGGCUGACCGAGAGAAGAUGCACUGCCGACCAGCGGGCGCAGACGUACCAGACACCGCACUCCUCUUCAGCGUCUCUGACACGUCGGAUUAUCUGUCGUUUUGGCUCUGGGUGUUGUGAUUUUGUUAAAUUAACACUGGCCUGUUCAUGUUUGAAAACAAAAACACAAUGUCCUAUGUGUAAAGAAGCAAUGUGUGAGGCGAAUAAAAUUUAAACGAGCAGCAGGCCUACAUGCAAGCACGCGAUGGUUUGGGUCAAUAUCUGUGGUAGGACUUAAGUAUAAAUAUGACUGUUCUUUUUUACAAUGAAUUGUACAUUUGAGUGUAGAGGGUUUUACCUGUACAGGAUCAAAUGUGUAUUGGUUCGUCAAAUACUGCGCAUGUUUAUCCUCACGAAUCUGGGCCUGGCUUAGAGGAGUCUCUGGCAAGUUGAAAUUGAAAUUGAAAUCAGAUUGAAAAUAAAAUCGGCAGGACUGCUGGCUCGGGCAAAUUGAGGGAACGUUGCCUUUUGUGGCCACUAGAUGGAGCUAAAAUAUUAGCAGCUUAGAGCGGGCCAGAGAGCGCACAAAAUGUGUGUAUGAAUUCUGACAGUAUAACUUCAUUUUAACCACAGUCUAAUCUGUACCCUGCACGGUCUAACUCGUACCGGAGCAGUCGAACCCAGCGCAAUCUAACCCAGAGCGGUCUAACCCAGCGCAGUCUGACUUGUACCCAGCACGGUCUAACUCGUACCAGAGCAGUCUAACCCUAAUAUUAUUUUUAUAGUUGUAUAUAAUGAAUGAGUGAAAUCGAGUUUUUGUACAGUCCACUAGAGGAGGAUUUGAAGGAGACUAAAUGCACAACUUUUUUUUUUUCAUUUUCAUAAUUUAAAUUUAAGAAGAAAUGCAUAUGAACACACAGGCCUUUAGUGCUUUAUCUGUUGCUAUAGUCCAGUCAGCCUUGCCUUCUGUGUGAUUCUGUUCAUGUGCUCCUCGUGUUCAGCUGAGUUGCUGCACGCUCCCGCACUCUGAGUGCAGAUGUCCAGACUGCAUCGGGAACUGAACGGUUGAUCUCCAGGCUCCAUCAGCCCCAGAUGGCUCAUGCAAUUCUCUCUCUCACGCAACUCUCUCUCACGCAACUCUCUCUCACGCAACUCUCUCUCACGCAAUUCUCUCGCUCAUGCAACUCUCUCUCACGCAAUUCUCUCUCACGCAACUCUCUCUCACGCAACUCUCUCUCACGCAACUCUCUCUCACGCAAUUCUCUCGCUCAUGCAACUCUCUCUCUUGCUCCCGGGUUCAACACUGUAAGGUUGUAUUUCUUCGUCAAAAUCGAAAAGCUCAUCCUCUAACUUGGCAAAGUCAGAGCUGUCCCUAAUAUCGCUCAGGCUAGCCAAGUUCGGUUCCAUGAUGUCUGGAUGCUAACAUUAACGCAGCAAUGUGAUCACCUGGAUGGGUGGCCGCCCAUAAACCGGCCUCUGCGCUCAAGGGUGGAGUUUGAGCUCCUGUUACCUUCUGGGUAACACAGGCUGGAGAUUCGAGCCAAACACGUCCAGUGCAGUUAUCCAGCUAACUCAAUAAUCCUGCUUUGUGGGUUUUACUCAGUGCAGUUAUGCAGCUAACUCAGUAAUCCUGCUUUGUGGGUUUUACUCAGCGCAGUUAUCCAGCUAACUCAGUAAUCCUGCUCUGUGGGUUUUACUUAGUGCAGUUAUCCAGCUAACUCAGUAAUCCUGCUCUGUGGGUUUUACUCAGUGCAGUUAUCCAGCUAACUCAGUAAACCUGCUCUGUGGGUUUUACUCAGCGCAGUUAUCCAGCUAACUCAGUAAUCCUGCUCUGUGGGUUUUACUCAGCGCAGUUAUCCAGCUAACUCCGUAAUCCUGCUCUGUGGGUUUUACUCAGUGCAGUUACCCAGCUAACUCAAUAAUCCUGCUUUGUGGGUUUUACUCAGUGCAGUUAUCCAGUUUACUCUAAUCCUGCUUUGUGAAAUGGUCCUGAAACACAGGAAUUAAAAUGAAGUUUUGGCCUGUAUUUAUUUAA